AUGGAUCGGGUUAAAACCAUUCGCGGGUCAGGUUAUCACAGAAUGGGUUACUCCCCCUUUCUUAAUCGUACCAGACGGAGAGAGAGAGAGAACAACGAAGAAGAAGAAGAAGAAGAUGGACGCGACGAUGGAAGGUAUCUCUCUCUCGCGACGAAGAAGAAGAAGAAGGACGCGACGACGGAAGCUCUCUCUCUCUCUCAUCUCGAAUUUCUCUCAUCUCUGUCGCCCAGAAACCCUAACCCGCGAUUUCUGUAUUUUCAACAGAAACACGAACGACCACUAGAGAUCGACGAAAAAGAAGAUCGAAGCGACGACAGGAACCUAAUGGAUGUGAUUUCUUCUAUUGGAUUGACAACAAAGAAACAUGGUGAUGAAAGAAAUUACAAGACAAAAUCAAGUCUUGACCAAGGAGGUGGAAGAAAUUACAAGAGAUAAUCAUGUCUUGAUGUUACUGUUCUGAACAUGAGGAACAUGAAAUACCUGCCUUAGUUGAUUAGGUUAUGAAUGUAAUGCAACUUAUUUGAACAAUUUCUUGGAACUGUAAGGAAAUUUGUUGCUGCUUGA